AUGGAUAAUAUAUUCACAGCCUUAUCUCUAUCUUUGAUGGAUAGGAAGAGGUUUGUGAUCUCUACCAGCAAUGUUAAUACCUUAAUUAAGUUGUUAGUGAAUGGUAUCUUAAGAAAAGUAUGCAAGUUUAAUGAAUCACAAAUAGAAGUUAUAGAUCUACUUGAAUAUUCUAAUGAAGAAGAACUUAUACGACGUUGUGUGAAAGAAAUAGAGGGUGGUGAGUAUGAGUUGAAAAAUAUCUUAAUAUGGAAGAAUAUGCAAAAGGUUAAACCAGAGCUUCAAAAGAUAUUAUACAUGUUACUCACCAAAAUUGACUUGUAUGAUACUAAUGAAUCAAGACAUAAUCCUAAACCUGUUAUAUUGAAAGGGUACACCAUUAAUAGACCAAGCCUAUUCACCAGUAUUACAGUACUUGAUAAUAAACUAUAUCAUAUGAAAAUUGAUCAAUAUCUUAAAGCAAAAUUUUGGUUUUCCAUAAAUUAUGUAUUCGAACCAAAUCAUGAAUAUGAAACUAAAAAUAUCGUAUUCCCGUUGGAAAAUCUUACCUAUAUUGAAAACAUCUUAUAUUUACGAAAUCUGAUUCAGAAAGUGUAUGUCAAACCUGAUAUUCAACGAUAUAUUUAUUCAUUGGUCAUUCAGGUUAGAAAUCAUAGAUUAUGUUCAUUAGCUCCUAGACAAACCCGACUUCUGACACGAUCAAUCGAUGAUGUUCUAAAUUUGUCCAAAGCUAUGGUUGUAUGGCAACGUCAUACAUCUGAUGAUUUGUUUGUUACUGCUGAUUUUGUCAAAGUGGCUAUGCGAAAGAUUGGAUAUUGGUUAGUCGAUUGGGAAUAUAACACUCUAUACACUUCUAAAGAAUUACUUCCUGAUCGUUCCGCUAAUUUUGACGCUGAACAGGUAGAAGAGAAAGAUUAUCAAAGGAGAAUGGAGAUUAGUAUGAUGACUGGUUCUUGGUUUGGAAGUGAUUAUGAUUACGUUAAGAAAUAUUUAUUAAAGAGUGAAUCCACAAAGGAUGAUAGUACACCAACGGGGGUAACGAAUAUAAUAAUAGAAGAAGCAUUAGUUGCAGUAAGACCGCCUAUAUAG